AUGAAGUCGCUAUCACGUGGUUCCACGAUGCGCUCGGUUCCGUACGCGACGCGACAUGAAUUUACCAACAACGAAAAGCGCUUGACUCAACAUCUGCUCGGCACUCAGAACAACUGCACGGGGAACUGGGAUCUUCCAUUUCUCUCCAUGGCUCCGAUCAAGCGGAGUCGAGUCGAUCAGCAUUAUGAUCCCUCCUCGAGUGCGCUGAGAAAGAAGGUGCGCACUUCAGACGUCCUGACAGCCCGGGGCGCCAGUGACAGCGACAGCGACAGCGAUGAUGACGCCGCCAACUCUUCCAAUUCAGAUAUGUAUGAUUCCGCGGCAGAAUCCGCCUCUGAGCGCAACGGAGCAGACCCCGCCCACACUCCCCACGACCCGGCAUUCGAAUCCGACUCCCAACUCGUCGAACCAGACAUAGACGAGGACGCCAUCGAGCGACGCGCCAGCCAAUACAUCCAGAAAAAAUUUUCGCAAAACAUAGAAAACGUGCCCGCUGAACAUGGCAUCAUCGAGCGGGUAGAUUGCUACAAUUUCAUGUGCCACGAGCAUUUCUCCGUCGACCUAGGCCCAUUGAUAAAUUUCAUCGUGGGCAAGAAUGGGAGUGGGAAAAGUGCUAUCCUUACGGCCCUCACGCUCUGUUUGGGUGGAAAAGCGUCUGUGACGAAUCGAGGUCAGAGUUUGAAGAGUUUCAUUAAGGAGGGAAAGGACUCUGCGACUAUUGUGGUUCGCAUCAAGAAUCAGGGAGAUAGUGCAUAUAAUCCGAACGAAUUCGGAAACUCAAUCAUCAUCGAACGUCAUUUCUCCAGAAACGGCUCGAGUGGAUUUAAAAUCAAAAGUUCCUCCGGCCGUGUUGUAUCCACGAAGAAGUCCGAACUUGACUCCAUCACCGACUAUUUUGCCCUCCAGAUUGACAAUCCCAUGAAUGUCCUCUCUCAAGACAUGGCCCGCCAGUUUCUAAGCAGUUCCAGCCCGUCGGAAAAAUACAAAUUUUUUGUAAAAGGGGUCCAACUAGAACAGCUGGAUCAGGAUUACCGCUUGCUUGAAGAGUCAAUUGACCAGACGGAAGCGAAAUUGUCGAUUCAUUUGGACCAGAUCAAGGAUUUGGAGACUAACAGGAACAACGCCAGGGCAAAACUCGCGCUAUCGGAUAAGAAUGAAACCAUGCGGGCCAGAGUGAGGAACUUACGAGCUCAGAUGGCGUGGGUACAGGUUGAAGAACAGGAAAAAGUUCAAAUCGAGAUGCGUGCGAUGCACAAACUUGCGGAAGCUACUAGGAAGAUCGCAGAUUUGGAGGCUGAAGUUGCGAAAGCUGAUGAGCUUUAUCAAGCGGCAGAUCGUGAAUAUGGCAUAGCUGCUGAAGCCGUUCUAGCCGCAAAAUCUGAACUGGAAGCCCAAGCGGAUCGCGGGAAGGUCGCAAAGGAAAGUAUGAAUGAGAUUGUGAAAGAACGCCGCGAGCUUCAGGCGACACAACGCACAAUCCGCGAAUGCCUGAAGACUGCCGAGUCAGCUAUCGCAGAGACAGAACGAAAAAUAAAUGAGGAAAAGAAGCGACUUGAGGAUUUAGACGGCGGAAACCACGCUAGGAGGCUGGCGGAACUCGAGCAGAGAAAAUCCCAAGCGGAAGAGGCGCUCAAUACGUACAAUGCCCACAGGAAAGAUGUGAAUCGGCUACAAGAGGACAUCAACAAUGCUGAGCGAGAAUACCAAGGGAAGCGUGAACCUGUCAACAAACAGCGGUCUGAUAUAGAGCAAACUGAAAACCGACUUCACAGCCUCACACGGGAUAGAGGACAACAGCAGAACGGCUUCCAUGAAAAGAUGCCCAUGUUGUUAAGGGCUAUUGAACAGGAGCAGUACAAGUUUUCGAGAAAACCUGUCGGGCCAUUGGGUAACCAUAUACGACUGUUGAAGCCGAAAUGGUCUGGGGUCCUCGAAAGCUCGCUGGGGGCAAACCUAGCUGGGUUUGUGGUAACGGCGAAAAGCGAUUCCAACAUUCUAUCGAGCAUCAUGAAACGGGUCGGAUGUGAAUGUCCUAUCUUCAUCGGGAAUGAUAUUGGGAAUAUGGAUACGUCCCCCAAUGAACCAGACCCUCAAUUCGACACGAUGUUACGUGUUUUAGAGAUCGAUAACGAUUUGGUUCGGCGGCAGCUGGUUAUAACAAAUGGCAUUGAACAGGUGCUUCUCAUUGAGAACUUGGAAGAUGCUUCGGUUGUAAUGUUUGACGGCGAGCGGCCGAGAAACGUGAGGCGAUGUUUAUGUAUCGACCAACGAGACCGACGAAGAGGGAUUCACUUGUCCUAUAGUCGGACGGGGGAGCCCACGCAAUCUCCAGUCCAAGCAUAUUUAGGACGACCUCGAAUGAAAACCGACAUUGAGUCCCAAAUCAAGAUACAGCAAGAUGCUGUCAGUAGGUUGAAGCAGGACCUCCUCGAAUUGGAAACCCAAGAACGCUUAGCGCGCAACCACCUUGAAAAAUGCAAACAGGCAGUCGUUAGACAUAGCAGACAGCAGGAGCAGCUAAAGAUUGCCUGGCAACAGGCGGAAGAUCGCGUUGAGGAGCUUCAAAGUGCAAUUGACGGAGAUGCAACUGAAGACGGCAAGCUUGAUGCAUUGCAAACAUCGCUGCAAGAACAUGAAGGAGAGAAACGAACCCACGAGAGUUCGUUUGAGGAUAGCGUCAAUAAAAUGGACAGCAUAAUGGAGACUCUAAAGGAGAAGAAACGAGAAGUGACCGAGAUCGAAAUGGAGAUCGCUGAGUAUCGCAAAAAGGUCGAAAAUCUUGAAGCCAAAGAGUCGAAAACCCUGGAGAAGCGGAGAAAAGCUCUCGUUGAUAAAAACGUGGUUAUUGAUAAGCUUGAGUCCUUGCAGGGGGAUAAGGCACAUAUCGUGAGGAAGCGCCAGGAACUUGGCGAUAUCAUUUUGGACUUCACUGCCAAGGCAAGUUCGGUUUCUCCACGUGUGGCUGUCUCUGAGGGCGAGACAGCAAAUAGUCUUGAUAAGAAACUUGUGAGACUGAAGAGGGAUCUUGAUCGAUUUGAUAAAGAUUUGGGAGAUCGGGAGAAGAUUGCCACCGAAGCAGCCGAAGCAGAGGAAAAAUAUGAAAGUGCUAGGCGCCAGGUUGCUGAGCUUGAAGAACUCGCGCAGAGGUUCAAGAUUACAUUAAAUAACCGGCGAAAACGAUGGGAGAAUUUUCGCUCCCUCAUCACUGCGCAGGCUAAACUCCAGUUUACCUAUCUGCUGUCCGAGCGAAGUUUCCGCGGCCAGAUUCUAUCAGAUCAUACGAAAAAAUUGCUUGAUGUCCAUGUCGAGCCGGAUAUCACCAAGGAGAGUGCCAAGGGCAGAAAUGCUAGGACUCUAUCUGGAGGAGAAAAGUCAUUCUCGCAGAUAUGUCUUUUGCUCUCGCUGUGGGAGGCCAUGGGGUCACCGAUCCGCUGCUUGGAUGAAUUUGACGUAUACAUGGACUCUAUCAACCGGCGCAUGAGUAUCGAGAUGCUGAUGAUAGCAGCAAGGCGGUCCGUUGGGCGGCAGUUCAUCUUCAUUACCCCAGGUGCGAGACACGAAAUCCAGCCUGCGCCAGACGUUAGAAUCAAAGAACUUGCCGAACCAGAACGGGGCCAAACGACGCUUCCGUUUGCGUGA